AUGUCACCAAAAGUGGAGCCUCAAAUUUGGCUUUUAUGCUUCGUUUCCAGGGAGCCCAGGGAAGGCCGCGUGCCCAUGGACAUCUCCAUAACGCCGUCCUCGCUCCGGCUGAGCACGCCGGGCGGCUGCACAGAAGUCUGGCUUCCAGCAGAGGUCAGGCUCGCGCCUGCCUCGUGCCGCGGGCUGCGGUUUGUGGCCGGAGAUGGACUGCACCUGCGGCUGCAGGCGCGCGGGGAGCUCCGCACCAAACUGAUUUCAGUGUUUAAUCAAAGCUCGCAAGCCCAAGAAUGUUGCACGUUUUAUUGCCAAUCCUGUGGUGAAGUCAUAAUAAGGGACAGGAGACUUCUCAGGGUGCUGCCACUGCCAAGUGAGAACUGGGGUGCUCUAGUUGGGGAAUGGUGUUGCCAUCCUGACCCCUUUGCUAAUAAACCACUUCAUCCAAAAGAGAAUGACUGUUUUGUUGGAGACUCUUUCUUCUUGAUGCAUUUAAGAGCCGAUUUGUGGUGGCCAAGACCUGAGCUAUCCCCAGUGAAGACGCGCUGUCCUUCUUCUGAGAACCACCUUAAAUUGGAACCAAAGGCAAAUACCAAAGUAAUUUGUAAGCGUUGCAAGGUAAUGUUGGGAGAGACUGUGUCAUCAGAAACCACUAAGUUUUAUAUGACAGAGAUAAUUAUACAGCCAUCGGAGAGAAGUUUUCCCAUCAUACCAAGGUCUCAGUUUGUCCAGAGCGUGAUUGCCCAGUGUAUGGUGGAGCUCUCCUCUGCCAGGAGCACAUUUAGAUUCACUAUUCAAGGUCAGGACGGCAAGGUGUACAUCUUGCUAUGGCUUUUAAACUCAGACAGUUUGGUGAUUGAAUCUCUGAGAAGUUCCAGACAUUUCAAAAGAUUUCCGCUGUUGGAAGACGCGUUGAAAACAGAUGCCGUUUCUGCCUGGAAUGCUGUCAAGGUGCUCUACCAGCCAUGCGUCAAGAGCAGGAAUGAGAAGCUUGCCAGCUCUUGGGAAAGUGACAUCAGCGUCCACACCCUCACCCUGCCCUCUGCAACUUGCCUGGAGCUGCUGUUGAUACUGUCAAGGAACACUGCCAUGCUGCCUUUGUCCCUUCGCUGUAUGAAUUCCUUUCAGGUCCGUUACAAGAAUGAACCCUGUGUUGUUCUUCCUGUUUCUGAGCCUUGGGUACUGCUGCAGAGUUCAGUCUUUGGCCUUCGUGAUCCCAUUGAUAUUUUUCGUUCCUCCAUCAGCUUCAAUCCUGGACUCUGCAAGGAACCUUAA